AUGAAAUUUCUCAAACAAAACUGUAUUUCUUGUUUAAGCUUUACGUUGCAAAAUAUGAAUGCUAACAAAUCUAAGCAUUUUGUUUGUUUAUACUCCACAAUUUCGCAUAAUAGAGUACCGCUCGAGUUGCAAGAGAUUUGCAAAGCUGUUUCUAGCUCGAUUGGGGGUUUGGAUGAUUUGGAGUCUAGUUUAAAUGGAUUCAGAGGCAACUUAACAUCGCAAAUUGUUACUCAAGUCAUUGAUUGUUGCAAACAUGAGGCACCCACUAGAAGGUUGCUGAGAUUUUUUCUGUGGUCGUAUAAAAGAUUGGACUUCAGUAUGAAAGAUGAGGACUUUAAUCAUGCAAUUCGAGUCUUGGCGGAGAAGAAGGAUCAUACAGCAAUGCAAAUUCUGAUUUCGGAUUUAAGGAAGGAGGGACGCGUGAUGGAGCCACAAACUUUUGGUCUUGUUGCUGAGGCGCUGGUUAAAUUAGGGAGAGAAGAUGAGGCAUUAGGUAUAUUCAAGAACUUGGACAAGUUCAAGUGCCCCCAAGACUGUGAAACUGUCACUGCUAUUAUCACUGCUCUUUGUGCUGAAGGCCAUGCUAAGAAAGCAUAUGGGGUGGUUUUGCACCACAAGGAUAAGCUAUCGGAGGUUAUAAGGCCUUGCAUUUAUAGGAGUCUUAUAUAUGGAUGGUCAAUGCAGAAGAAUGUCAAGCGAGCAAGAGAAGUUAUCCAAGAGAUGAAGAGGAAUGGGAUAAAGCCGGAUUUGUUUUGUUAUAAUACAUUUCUCAGGUGUCUUUGUGAGAGAAAUGUUGAACGCAAUCCUUCCGGGCUUGUGCCUGAAUCUUUGAAUGUCAUGAUGGAGAUGAGAUCUUAUAGAAUAGAGCCAAACUCGAUUAGUUAUAAUAUAUUGCUUUCUUGUCUUGGGAGGGUGAGAAGAGUCCAGGAAUCUUGUAAGAUACUUGAGCUAAUGAAGAAGUCAAGUUGUGCUCCUGAUUGGGUUAGCUAUUAUCUUGUGGCGAAGGUUUUGUAUUUGACUGGGAGAUUUGGUAAAGGGAAUAAGAUAGUCGAUGAGAUGAUUGAAAGGAGGCUGGUGCCGGAUCGUAAGUUUUACUAUGACCUGAUUGGUAUCCUCUGUGGAGUAGAAAGAGUGAAUUUUGCUCUCAAGUUGUUUGAUCAAAUGAAGAGAAGCUCAUCGGGCGGUUAUGGGCCAGUCUACGAUUUGCUGAUACCUAAGCUUUGUAUCGGGGGAAACUUUGAGAAGGGAAAAGAGCUAUGGGAUGAGGCCAUGGCCAUGGGCGUCACUGUUCACUGCUCAAGUGAGGUACUAGACCCCUCAAUCACCAAGGUUUUCGAGCCAACGAGGAAGGUGGAGGAGGAGGAGGAGGUCAGGCUUCAGGACUGCAUCAAAUCCAACGUUCCGAAGACUCGAGAACGAGUUAGGAAGACUGAGGGAAAGGUUAAAAAGAAAGUGGCUAGUAAGAAGAGAAAGAAGAAAUCUGCUUCAAAAUAACUGGCAAAUUGCGACAGCAGUCUUGUUUCCUUGUAGAAUUAGUCUCAACAUGUUCUCACGCUGGGUGAUUAACGGGGUCAACCAUUUCCUAUAUUAAUUUCAGACUAACUUCAUAAACAUAAGUACAUGCGUCAUGGUGUCUGCUGAAUUCCUGGCCUGGCACAAUUUUCCUAUCCAGUAGGAUAGUUGGUUUGUUUCUUGCUUUACCAAGUUAAGUAAUAAGGAUGGUGUUUCUCAGCAACAAGAGUUUGGAUUGUCUUGUCUCCAACUGUUAACACUAUAUCACGUUCUUAUCCACAAGGAACACUGCUUGAUGCCAAACGGGUGGCUGAAAUUUUUUUACUUCUGGGUCAUCCAUUAUGCGCUUUAAUUUGCUAGAGAAGAUCAGGUUAUUCAGAAUUAUUGGACAGUUAUCCUAGACCUAGAACAAUACUUUUCCUUGUAGUUAUGAGAAAUCAAUGUCUUAAUUUAAUGUUUGCUAAGAUUUUACAUAUCAAAAUUUUUGAGCCCCUGCGCUUAAAUUCUUAUUCACUUUAGUUGGCCAAACAAUGCUAACACAGGAAUUUAAAGGAGACGAAGUAGCAUGGGACAUAAGGUCAGAAGCAAAAAAGAUGGCUAUGAAAUCUUUACAGCAUCAGAAACCCAUUUUGCUAGAUAUAAUGCGUAACGUUUCAAUUUCAAUGAGACUUUGCUAUAUGUUUAUGCUUGAUGUCUGCAACUUGCAAGUUGAUCGCGAUGGCCUGGUGCUCCUAACAUUGCUAAAAUCAUGAGAAUUUGGGUUGGCAACUACAAGCUAAUUGAAGUUAGCAAGGCUGCAUCUACCAUACCACUGCUAUAGUACUGUUGUGCGCUGCCAAAUUCCCGCAUAUCCUUUUCAUCAAUUUGGCAUGCUUCCCUCUUCUCUUCUAGAUGGCGACUUCCAAGAAAAUGCACGGAUCAUGAAAUUCAUUUCUAUUAGCUGUAAAAGACUAGUUGUUCAUUACCUUGCCCCCACGAUUGUCCAUUCUUUUCUUGUUUCACUUUCAAACCUAACACCUGUAUGAACAUAUU